CCCGAUUUAUUUUCGUUUAUCAACUUCUGCACUUGGCAAUGGCUGCAAUUCCGUUUGGCAUUCUCACUGUAAGCGACUCGUGCGCUCAGGGCCUGGCGACCGAUACCAGCGGGCCAGCGCUAGCAGCGCUGCUGGAGGCACACAACGGGCUUUAUACCAAAGCGCACGCGCACGCCGAGUGCCGGCUGGUAGUGAUCACAGGCGGCACAGGCAUGGCGGCGACUGACGUGACGAUCAAGGCGGUGCAGCCGCUGUUUGACAAGGAGCUGCCGGCGAUGGCCAUGGCCAUGGCGCUGAGCCAGGUUGCUGCCGGAAUCAUCAAGGAGACGCUGAUCCUGGCGCUACCGGGGAGCAAGAAGGCGCAUGCGAUCGAAACCGCGAUGGCUAAAGCCGGCACGCGCCAUCUGCACACGGCCAAGGGCACGCCGAAGCAUCCAGGCAGCCCCCAUCAUCACGACAAGAAGCGCGAUAUUGUGACUCACGAUAAGCCAGAGAACACCACCAGGAUGGUGGCCUGUGGGUGUGGGCGGCGUGACGCUGAGGCACCAUCUGGAGUCACAAACGACCUGCAAGGCGGAGUCACGAAACGCGCAAGGCACUCGCCGUACCCAAUGAUUCCAGUAGAUGAAGCCCUGAAUCAUGUUUUGGAGCAUGUGCCACAGCCAAGGCCAGCCAGCGUCCAUCUAGCCGCGAUCCGCGAUGGUAUGACUGUUUCCAAGGAUGUGGUUGCCGCAGAAGACGUGCCUGGCUACCCAGCAUCGAUCAUGGAUGGAUAUGCGGUUGUUGCUUCCGACGGGCCUGGGGUGUACACGGUCAGAGGUGCUGCCACGGCUGGAUCGCAGCUCGGCAAGCUUAUGCCCGGAGAGAUUAUGCGUAUUGCCACUGGUGCCCCGGUCCCUGACGGUGCAGAUGCCGUGGUCAUGGUGGAGGAUACGCGGCUGCUAGAGACCACUGAUGACGGCUCAGAGGAGCUCAAGGUCGAGAUCCUCGAGUCCGGCAGAGUCCAGACCGGCCAGCAUAUCCGGCCUGUUGGAUAUGACACGCAGAAGGGCAGUGUGGUGACCAGAGCUGGCACUCGUAUUACCACAGCAGGCGGAGAGAUCGGGGCACUGGCAGCCUCGGGCAAUACUGCCUUUGAAUUUAUGUCGACGGGCGAUGAAGUUGUUGACACACUCCAGGCGAAUGCAGGAAUGCAGCUAGCGCGCGGUCAGAUCCGCGAUAGCAACCGCCCUGCGCUGUUGGCGGCGCUGCGAGCUGUGGGCCCCGAUAAGCUAGCAAAGUCUAUUAAGGCUGCGCUGGAGACGUGUGACGGGAUCAUCACCACUGGCGGUGUCAGCAUGGGAGAGCGGGACUGGCUCAAGCCUGUGGUGGAGCAGAAACUAAACGGCAAGAUCAUCUUUGGCCGCGUAAUGAUGAAGCCGUCGAAGCCGACCACCUUUGUUGCUCUGCCCGAGGGGAAGUUCAUGUUUGCGCUGCCAGGAAACCCAGCCUCGGCACUUGUCGCCUUCCAUAUGUUUGCUGCACCGGCCAUUCGCAAGCUCGCAGGCCAUGUAGUCAAUGCAUCAGUGGAUGACAAUGUGGCGCACUUUGUCGGCGAUUCCCUUGCGCUGGACCGUGGACGGCCAGAGUUUAUGCGUGGACGGCUGGUGUGGCAAAAGGGCUCCAGCAAGUGGACUGUUGAAGCGGCCGAUCGGCAUCAGCAGAGUAGUCGCAUGGCGAGCAUGCAGGGUGCUAACGCGCUGAUAGCGCUGCCCAUCGGAACUGCUGACAAGCCCACAGUCAGCAACAACGAACUGGUCGAUGUCAUCGUCAUUGGCGAUGUUUUGUUUAUCUAAUUUAGUCGCUGAGUCCUAGUUUUUGAUUUGUGGUACCACAUACUGAUUCACACGAGUCAAGUAGCGACUGACUGAACAGCAUUGCGUGAAUGUAUUGCCAAUUGAAUCCCAA